GCCUUUUCGACUUCUUUUCGAGCUCUGCGACUCUUUUCGGUUCUGCUUUUGCUUGUUUGAAGAAAGAAGUGUUUGAUAUUCAGUAACAAUGGCUAUGCGCAUCACUCUCAAGCCCACCCCCACCAUCCUGGGAUUCCCUCCCAGCACCCUCAUCAGAUGGACCCCCAUCCUCGGCUUCUGGGGCGCCGCCGCCGGCGCCGGAGCUCUCUUCCUCCUCGAGCCCAUCCCGCGUGUGCGCAACGACAUUCUUUCCAAGAUCCCCGUUCUCGGCAACUACUGGGUCCGUCCGGUUGAUCCUGCUGACUCGCCGUUCUAAGCAGCGCGAGUGGUGAGGAGUAUGAAGAAGAAGAAGAAGGAGAUGGUGGAUAGAUGUGGCCUGUUGCAUUUAGGCUCGUCAAUGUGAAUAUGGUCGAAAGAAUACGGUUAAAAUAAGAUAGUAAGCUCAAGUUUGAUAGUAAAAUAUGAGAGGAUCAGCAUUCUGAUGAAGAGUUGGGGAUAUUGUGAUCAAAGACGACGAAUGCGGAUGUUGAUGCAUUUAUCACAUUUCAACCGCAUUCGCAUCUUAUAUCUUAUAUCGUAGUCUGUAUCCACUAUUAAUCCAGUAACUCUUUAUUAAAUACAUCUCCACAAUAACACACUGUCCACAGUAUCUUCCUCCUCCUCUCACCUCAGUCCAUUGUAUUCUCUCGUCCUCAUUCUUCGAGCUGUGCCGCACGACGCGUGUGCCCGGUGCCUCUCCUCCUCCUCCUCCUCCUCUUCCUCUUCCUUCCCUCCUCCCUCCUCACCCUCUUCACCACCUCCACCUCCACCGCCGCU